CAAACACACACACACGUACUAGUACAGAAGAGCAGAGUAAGAACAGUCGUGUCUUUGAAGGACACAGACCCAGACAUUCAUUCAGUGAUGACUCCGUUUGAUUCAGAGUUAAGACCGGAAGCGAUCUAAAUAAAUGCCUACAAAAUCGCGUUAUUUUUGUUAAGGAACAAACCAAGUCAUUGGUACUUCCAUGUUCCUCGUUCAACCACACAUUCACAUUCACAUUCACAUUCCCCUUCUCUUCAUUUCUCACUCCUACAUCACCAUUUUAAUUCAUUAAUUAAUAAUAACCCUUCUUUUUCGCCGCUAUGUCAUGUUGAUUCUUCUCUCUCACUAAUUCUAAUUCUCUAAUUCUAAUUCUAAUUCUAAUUCAUUUCCCAUUCAACAACAUCAAACAAAACAACAAACACUUAAUUAAUUAUCAUUCUCUUCUUCGUCAUGACUGCAACUCCCUUAAUCACUAUUAGUCCCGACGAGCUCAGGUUUCAUUUUGAGCUGGAAAAGCAAACAUUUUGUGAUCUAAAAGUCCUCAAUAACACAGAGAACUAUGUUGCUUUCAAGGUCAAAACCACUUCACCAAAGAAGUACUUUGUACGACCAAACACUGGGGUUAUUCAUCCUUGGGACUCAUGUAUCAUCAGAGUCACCCUUCAAGCCCAACGCGAAUACCCUCCAGAUAUGCAAUGUAAAGACAAGUUUCUCUUACAGAGUACGAUAGUGGGUCCAAAUACUGAUGUUGAUGAUCUUCCGGCAAAUACUUUUAAUAAGGAUAGUGGUAAUUCAAUAGAAGAUUUGAAACUAAGAGUUGCAUAUAUCACUCCCUCUUCACCCGAAGGAAGCUCUGAAGAUGAUGCCGGAAAGAACUCUGCACAAAAACUCGAUAGCUCUUCUAAUCAGGCUGUACAGCUCUUGAAGGAAGAAAUAGAGGCUGCUGCCAGACAAACGCGACAGCUUCAACAGGAACUGGACAUGCUGAGAAGGCGUAGAAACCAGAGAGGCGAUCCUGGCUUUUCCCUCACCUUCGCCUUUUUUGUUGGUCUCCUUGGAUUUUUGCUUGGCUUUCUUUUGAAAUUUUUAUUCUCUUCACCAUCUACAGAAUAAUUGACACUGUUUAAAACCUUUGCAUGCAUACAGACUUUCAGCGUUGUUCACUGUAAAAGUGUAAAGUUCCAUAUUCUUUUAAAUGAGACAUUUUUCGGCUUCCCUCUUACCUUGUUGUA